AAAUGACCCACCGAUGGAAGCAGCUGGCUUCACAGCUCAGUUGAUUAUCUUGAACCAUCAAGGCCAAAUCAGAGCUGCAUAUGCACCUGUGCUGGAUUGUCACACAGCUGGAUUGUCACACAGCUUACAUUGCUUGCAAGUUUGCUGAGCUGAAGGAGAAGAUUGAUUGUCCUUCUGGGACAAAGCUGGAAGAUGGCCCCAAAGUUUUGAAAUCUGGAGAUGCUGCCAUCGUUGAUAUGGUUCCUGGCAAACCCAUGUGUUUUGAGAGCUUCUCUGACUAUCCUCCUCUGGGCCAUUUUGCUGUUAGUGACACGAGACAGACGGUUGCUGUGGGUGUCAUCAAAGCAGUGGACAAGAAGGCAGCUGGUAGAUUAAAAGCCUUAAUACAGAUACUGGCAGCUGCUGUAGCUGAGCGAGAUGUGGUUUAUUUCACCUUUGGGGACUCAGAAUUGAUGAGAGACAUUUACAGCAUGCACACGUUCCUUACUGAAAGGAAACUGACUGUUGGAGAAGUAUAUAAGCUGUUGCUACGAUAUUACAAUGAAGAAUGUAGAAACUGUUCCACCCCUGGACCAGACAUCAAGCUUUAUCCAUUCAUAUACCAUGCUGUUGAGUCUUGUGCGGAGACCACCAACCAGCCAGGACAAAGGACUGGGGCCUGAGGAUCCAAGUGAAUAGAACCUCGUUCCACCUCUCAUGAGAAACAUCCUUUCUGAAUUGUCAGGUGUAACACAUGAACUGACUUAAUAUAAAUGUGUAUAUAAUCCACAUUUGUAGGCAAGGAUGCAGUCCUUUCCAUAAACAUAGAC